AUGAUCGAGUUUCUAGCACUGAUCACCCUGAUUUCCCGAGCCAACGCGCUCAUGAGGCCUGACGGAGUGGGCCGCCUCCCAGCUCUAGGUUGGAGCUCUUGGAAUGCGCACGAGUGUGACAUCAACGCAACUGUAAUUCUGACUGCCGCAGCGCAAGUCGUGAAGUUAGGACUCAAGGAUUUGGGCUAUGAAUAUAUCAACAAUCACGCUUUCCGAGAGGACAACACUUCUAACAGCUGCCCAGUCGACGACUGCUGGUCCAUAAAAACCCACCGCGACCCCACCACAAACCGAAUGAUCCCAGACGCAGAUCGAUUUCCUGACGGAAUCGCCAGCGUAGCAUCGCAGAUCCAUGAGCUAGGCCUGAAAGUUGGAAUAUACAGCAGCGCGGGUGAAACAACGUGCGCCGGGUACCCAGCUAGUCUGGGGUAUGAGGAUAUCGAUGCGGAGACGUUUGCUGAGUGGGAGAUUGACUACCUGAAAUACGACGACUGCGGGGUCCCAGAUAACUGGAAAGACCCAUACACUUUCUGCGUCCCCGACACAGCCAACAACGCCGGGCCUUUUCCGAACGGCACUUGUCCCAGCCUACCCAAUCCCGCACCGGCAAACUACAACUGGAGCACAUCCCCCAGCGCCGAACGCUUUCGCCGCAUGCUUGAUGCCCUCAAUACCCAGGACCGAACAAUUCUCUACUCCCUCUGCAACUGGGGCAACGCAGCAGUGAACACCUGGGGCGCUGAGAUUGGGAACUCAUGGCGCAUGAGCGGGGAUAUCUCUCCGGGGCGCGGGGAAGUAGGGCCCGACAGAACCAGGAUUGCAGUCUGGGAGAGAAUUGCGGAGAUUACGAAUGAGAUGAGUUUUCUUGUUAGAGAGUAUGCGGAGUUUUGGGGAUGGCCUGAUGCAGAUAUGCUUGAGGUGGGGAACGGCGAAGGGGGGAUGACGGUGGCGGAGAACAGAGCGCAUUUUGCGCUUUGGGCGGCGAUGAGGAGCCCCCUUCUGAUUGGGACGAAACUUGAUACAAUCAGACAAGAGCACCUGAAAAUUCUUAAGAACCCUACUCUCCUAACAUUCCAUCAAGACCCCAUCAUCAACCGCCCGGCUUACCCCUACAAAUGGGGUUACAAUGCAGACUACACUUUCGACGCCGCCCAUCCAGCAGAAUACUGGUCUGGACCCUCGCCUGCGCUAGAAGGCACGUUGGUCGUCAUGCUCAACUCCGAGAAUGUCACGAGCACGCGCAUGGCUGUUUGGAGCGAGGUCCCGGAGUUACAGAAUCAAGACCAAGGAGAUGCGUUCGAGGUCAUGGAUGGGUGGACAGGCGAGGAUCUUGGUUGCAUUAAAGAGAAGUAUGAGGUCGAGCUUGACGCGCACGAUGCGGCGGUCUUGGUUGUUGGGAAUGCUUGCUGA